CGAUAAAAAAACAUUUUAAUAUAAAAGUGACUACUGUGUUCAACGGCGAGUUUGUGACAGGUGAUAAGCGCGCAAAUAAAAGCAUUAAUAUGAAAAACUGUGAACUAUUUCGCACAUCAGAUUUACACGACUGGUAUGAGCGGCGCGUUAUCGAGCCCACUCUAGCAUCGCUCGAAGAAUUUCAAGAACGUGACAGUGGGUGGGCUUUGUCGCGAAUACUAGAUUUGACAAUUAAUAUAAAUAAAUAUAAUCCAAUGCGUGCAGGAUGUCACAUAAAAUUACCGCAAGAAAUAAUGAAGAAGAAAGCGGUAAUAAACGUGCAAUUUAACGACAAUGCGUGUUUCGCAUGGUCUGUGGUUGCUGCUCUAUAUCCAGUUGAAAGAAAUUCAGAACGAGAAUCAUCGUAUCCACAUUAUACGGCAGUGCUGAAUCUCCAAGACAUUGAGUUUCCAGUGACUGUGAAUCAAAUUAAAAAAUUUGAACGUGCCAAUGAUAUCUCCAUAAAUGUAUAUUGCCUCGAAGAAAAGAACAUUGUCCCGAUUCGACUGAGCGAGCUAAAGAGAGAUAAACACAUCAACUUGUUUUACGUGCAAGAUCCACGGGACGACAACGUCGGACAUUUUGCAUGGAUCAAGAAUUUAUCCCGGCUCGUGAGCUCGCAAUUGAGCAAGAAAGAGCACAGAAAAUAUAUUUGUGACAGAUGUUUACACUAUUUUGAAUCCAACAACAAGUUGCAGUCGCACACGAUAGACUACCAACAAAUGAACGAGUGCGCCAUCCGGUUACCAAGCGAGAAGGAUAAAUGGCUCGAGUUCAACAAUUACAACAGGAAAGAGCUGCUGCCUUUUGUCGUAUACACCGACUUAGAGUGCAUGCUGAAGAAGACUAACAAUGAUCCGAUAAUGUCUACAUACACAUUUCAACAUCACGAGGUAUUUAGCGUAGCUUAUUAUAUACAUUGCGCGUACGAUGAAACAUUAUCCGCGUAUUAUUCUCGCCGUAAUGUCGAUUGUAUCACGUGGUUUGUCGAAGAACUUAAAAAUUUAGCGCACCGUGUAAAAAAUAUAAUAUCCGCGAAUGUUCCUAUGGUAACUCUCUCACACGAACAGUGUGAGACAUUUCGCAGCGCGACGCAUUGCCACAUUUGCGAGAAACCAUUCGCGCCGGACGAUACACGAGUACGCGAUCAUUGUCAUCUGACCGAGCGAUACCGAGGUCCCGCGCAUUCGAAUUGUUUCACAUGGGAUGCCAUGUUGAAACAUACAAAAAUUAAAUUCGAAUUACUUACUGAUAUCGACAUGGCUAUGUUUAUUGAACGUGGUAUUCGCAGUGGUCUAAGUCAGUGCUCCGGCAGAUACGCGCAUGCUAAUAACAAGUAUAUGCGGUCGUACGAUCCAUCGAAAUCUUCAUCGUAUUUGAUGUACUUUGAUGUAAACAACUUAUACGGAUGGGCAAUGUGUCAACCAUUGCCUUAUGCCGAUUUUCGAUGGGUCGAUGACAUCUCUGAUUUUAACAUUAGCGCGAUCGCUUCCGAUUCACCGAUAGGUUAUAUUCUCGAGGUCGAUCUAGAGUAUCCGCAACAUCUUCACAAUGCGCACGCUGACCUACCGUUUUGCCCGAUACGCGAUAAACCUCCCGGUAAGCGGGAGGACAAGCUCCUCGCAACAUUAUAUGAUAAGAAGCGUUAUGUCAUACACUAUCGCAACCUGCAACAGUGCACGCGUCAUGGUCUUCGCGUCACAAAAAUACAUCGCGUAUUACAAUUCACUCAAUCCGCAUGGCUCCGCGAUUACAUCGAACUCAAUACAAAAUUUCGAACACUCGCGAGAAAUGAUUUCGAAAAAAAUUUGUACAAAUUAAUGAAUAACGCGGUAUUCGGUAAAACUAUGGAAAACGUGCGCAAUCACGUUGAUGUAAAAUUAUUAACAAAGUGGGACGGACGAUAUGGCGCGGAGGCUAUGAUCGCGAAACCAAAUUUUCACAGCAGGAUUAUCUUUUCAGAAAAUUUAGUCGCCGUUGAACUGCGCAAACUUGAGUACCUUCACGAAGAGAUUGAAAUGACUCGACAGCAAUCAUGUAUAAGGUCAAAAUUGCAUGAAGUAUAUACCAUUCGUGAGACAAAAAUUGCUCUAAGUCCAUACGAUGACAAGCGGUAUAUCGUACCUGACUCGACCAAUUUGUUACCAUGA